CGGGUCGUAUAUAACGCUGUGCACCUGCUGUUUCCGUCCUCACACUGCCUUCCAGCAUUUACUGCUCAGUUCCUAAAAUACCUUCCGUAAAAAAACACCGCGUAACCUUUCAUCACCAUGAAGGUCAUCGUCGUUCUCUCCUUGGUUGCCCUGUCGGCUGCGGCGCCGCAAUAUGUCUGGGAUCUCCUCAAGCCGGCGCUGAAUGCCGCCGAAGUGCAGGCCAUCCUGGCCAGCCGCACCGAAGGCCAGUACCCGACCUACAGCGAAAUCCCCCAGACCAACUUUGAUUGCAACACCAAGAAGCAGCCCGGAUUCUAUGCCGAUGUGGAUGCGCAGUGUCAGGUGUUCCAUCGUUGCGAUAUCAACGGAAAUCGUACCAGCUAUCUAUGCGUGAACACCACGGUGUUCAACCAGAUCACCCUGGUCUGCGAUUACUUCUUCAACGUUGACUGCAGCAAGUCUCCAAGCGUUGAGAAUUUCGCCAACUCCCGUCUGUACACUAACCAACCGCUGUUCGACACCCCACCUGCCGAAUACAUCAUCCCCAUGGCUGGCGGCAAAGUCCCCGGUGGACCUUUUGUGCCCCUCCCGUCCCGACCGGCCCCCAAGCCCGCUAAGCCAGCCCAGAAGGCCACCACCACCACCACGCCUGCUACCGUCGAAGUGACCGCCGAGGUCACCAUGGCCGCUGAGGAGACCACCUCCGCUGCCGCUGAAGUGAGCACUGCUGCUGCCGAAGAGACCACUUCCGCUGCCACCCCCGCGGAAGAGACCAGUGCUGCCGCUGAGGCCACCACCCAGGCUGCCGGUGAAGGUGCCGCCGCCGGUGGUGCUGCCGCUGCCGGUGGAUCGGAAGAGAGCCACGAAUAAACUUCCUAUAUGGGCUCUUUAGAUAACGUACUGAAUUUCAAAAUAUUGGUUUUUUGUUAUUAAAAGAAAAGGCAUGUGGAUGAAAAAAAAAUUUUACAGACUGACUCUCGUUUGAGAUGGGACUUAAGCAGUAUUAAUACUGAUUGUAGCGGUGACAGAAAUUAAAUCAUGAGAAACG